GUCCUGCAUCUGCUUGCCUUUCUUCAUCUCUCUCUUUAUACAGUCGUGCGGCUUUCCGGUCGUAAAAGAAUUCCGUUCUUAAAAGAGAGACGUCAUGGACAGACGUGGGAACCAACGGAGUGAACGCGAUACAUAUCGUGAGAAGGAUGAUGAGAGAUACCACAAUAGGGAUUGUCACCACCGCGGCUAUGAACGAGGCCACCGGCGUGCACGGGGCGGUCAUGGAAAGGAGAGAAAUGCUUUCCGAGAUUCUCACCGUAGAGAUGGGAGUCGGUGGCUUGCCAAGACCGACGCUCGUCAUUUUGGUCAUGAUGCCUCACCGGGUCCGGAGCCUGAGCCUAUCGCUGAUCUCCAGACUGUUGCUGUCCAGCCGGAGUUUAACUCCGCGUCGGAGUUUAAUCAGGUUUCCUCAGGAAAUGGGGAUAAGAUUUGUCCCAUUAGACGCCCCGACAAAGGUGGCUCAUUGUUUGCUCGGCAUGUCAGGCUUCUCGUCAACCACUUUCCCGUCACCUUCAAUCCCGAAACCAUUAUAAGCCACUAUGAUGUUGACAUCAAGCCCAUGGCACCGAUGAGGCACCGCUAUCCUGUGAGACUAUCAAAAGCCACUCUUUAUCAGAUCAAGGAGAAGCUAUUCUCUGACAACCGCACACAGUUUCCAUUAUCCAUGACUGCUUAUGAUGGCGAGAGGAACAUUUUUAGUGUGACUCCGUUGCCUUGUGGGACGCACGAUUUGAAGAUAUUUUGCGGCGAAGACAGUGAGGACUCCUCUUUCCAAUGCACAAUCAAGCUUGUGAACGAGUUCAACCUCCUUAAGUUGAAAGACUACUUGGCUGGAAACUUGCUGUCGAUCCCCCGGGAUAUAUUGCAGAGCAUGGAUCUGGUGAUGAAGGAGAACCCUGCGAGGAACAUGAUCUCAGUCGGGCGGCAUUUCUAUCCCCACGAGUAUCAGGAGACGGACGACCUGAAGUGCGGCGUUGCGGUAUUUAGAGGGUUCCAACACAGCUUGAAGCCGACCUACCAGGGCCUUGCGCUGUCUCUCGAUUGCUCGGUCAUGGCCUUCCGAAAGAGGAUGUCGGUCAUUGAUUUCCUCGAAGAGAACAUACGUGGAUUCAACAUUGGUCAGUUUGCAAGGUAUAGGAGGGAAGUCGAGCAAGCCCUAAAGGGAGUGAAGGUCACAGUGACCCACCGAAAGGCCAAACAAAAGUAUACGAUCGUUGGACUGACCGACAAGACCACAAGUUCGAUAUCUUUCGGCUGCGAGAGCCCCGAGGGCAAGAUGAAUACGAUCAAUCUAGCAAACUAUUUCUUAGAGAAGUACAAAAUCGAGAUAAGGUACAGGGACAUUCCUUGCUUAGAUUUGAGCAAGAACAACAGUAAGCAGUUUGUGCCGAUGGAGUUGUGCAUGUUGGUCGAGGGGCAAAGGUACCCAAAAGAGAAUUUGGAGAGACAUGCCUCCACCUUGCUGAAGAAACUCUGCUUGCCUGCCCCACAUAUCAGAAAGAAGUCCAUUUGCGACAGGAUGAGGUCGAACACCGGGCCUUGCGGAGAUGUCAGCAUGAACUUCGGAAUUGAAGUCGACAAAAACAUGACGAAAGUGAUGGGACGUGUCAUUGAACCUCCCGAGUUGAAACUGGCGACUCCAAAUGGCAAGGUGAUCAAGAUGGAGGUUGAUAAAGACAAAUGCCAUUGGAAUCUAAUGGGGAAAUCGGUCGUGGAUGGGAAGCCGAUCGAAAGAUGGGUCAUCGUUGAUUUUAGCGCGUCAGACCGGAAUCGGCUCAACAAGCAAUUCAUCCAAAAGCUUAUCAGCCGAUACAGAAACAUGGGGAUUUGGAUGGAAGAACCGCUCUUUUAUCAAGAUGCCACAAUGAGCGUUUUCUCCAGUAUGACUAGAUUGACUGAGCUGCUAGAGGAUGUCAACAAUUGCCGUCCUCAAUUCCUUCUUUGUGUCAUGUCUAGGAAAGACGACGGCUACAGGCGCCUCAAAUGGAUUUGCGAAACUCGAGUUGGGUUAAUCACUCAGUGUUGUCUUUUCAAUAAAGCGAACGAGGAUAAGAACGAUCAGUAUCUAACAAAUCUUGCCCUCAAGAUCAAUGCCAAGCUUGGAGGCAGCAACGUGGAGCUAUUCAAUCCAUUCCCACACAUCAACGAUGAGGGGCAUGUGAUGUUCCUCGGUGCUGAUGUCAACCAUCCCGCAUCACGGGACACAAUCAGUCCAUCAUUUGCUGCAGUCGUUGGUACCAUCAACUGGCCUGCUGCCAAUCGCUAUGCUGCAAGGAUGCGACCUCAGCUCCACCGGCAAGAGAAAAUUGCCAAUAUCGGGGAGAUGUGUCUAGAGCUUGUCGAGACAUAUGCCUGUCUGAGGGUUAAGCCCAGGAAACUCAUAUUGUUCCGCGAUGGAGUGAGUGAAAGCCAAUCUGAUAUGGUUUUGAAUGAAGAAUUGCAAGACCUGAAGAAGGCUUUCUCCGAGAAAGAUUACAGGCCAACCAUCACGAUCAUUGUGGCACGGAAGCGCCACCAAACUCGUCUUUUCCCGGAAAGAGAUGUUGAUGGCGGUCCCAGAGGCAACGUGCCACCAGGGACAGUCGUGGACACAAUAGUUGUGCAUCCUUUCGAAUUCGACUUCUAUCUGUGCAGCCACUAUGGCAGCCUCGGGACAAGCAAGCCGACCCAUUACAAUGUCCUCUGGGACGAGCACAAGUUCAGCUCUGAUCACUUGCAGAAGUUGAUUUACAGCUUAUGUUUUACCUUUGCUCGAUGCACCAAAUCAGUAUCUCUGGUCACGCCUGUGUACUAUGCUGAUCUUGUCGCCUAUAGAGGAAGGUUGUAUCAUGAAGCAGUGAUGGAGCACUCUCCUAAUUCAGUGGCCUCUUCAUCCUCCUCAACGGCGUCCUCAUCACUCUCAUCAGUUGGUUCAAAUGAAGAGCGAUUUUACAAGCUACACGCUGAUGUGGAGAACACGAUGUUCUUCAUUUGAAGGCCUUACGCUCCUGUGUCUAGAAGUCCAAGUUCUCCAUCCAAAAACGUGUAGAGGAGACUCACUGGAUAUUGCCAUGGCCUCUCCUCCGAAAAGAAGCCUUCUUUCAACUGGUGAAAAGCUAAUGGAGCCAUGCUACCAAGGCACCUCUUCUACGCAUCUAUUUAGGUGGAGGAAUGCAACGGUCUUCAGUUUUCUUA